CAAGAUGUCGACGAAAUGGCGCUUUUCGCGAUGUAGUAUUUGUAUUUUCCGUGUUUAAAUUUAACUCCGUGUUUACAGUGUCACGAAAAUAACAUUUUCCGAUAGAUUUUUUUGUGACAAAUUCGAUAGAAUUGUGCCCGAUGCAUUAUCGCCAUUAUUUACGCGAAUAACGGUAUAUAAUCAACCACGUUUUGGUUUAGGCAAAACAUAUUUUAAAAGCUGAAAUUUUCGAUAAAUAAUUGAAAAUUUUAUUGUAGAAGGCUGUUUAGAACCCAGGCUACUAUGCUAAGAACACUGGAGUGAUCCAGGACACGUCCAUCUGGUGGAACACACACAAAAAAAAAAAACGCCUCACUGGACUUGGAAAGCUGAAAAACUUGAAAGUUGUGAUUAUUUUUGUGUGAAAUUAUUAAAUUUUUUGAAGCAGUGUGAUGUGAAUUAUCGGGUUACAAAUUUUGUGUCAAUGUGUAUGCUAUGGAAGUACGCUCCAUGAGAUUAGAUCAUGGGCCUAUACAGACUAAUAACAUGUCCUACCCUCAAAGACAACCCCAAAAUCAUAGACCGAACCACAACAGCCAAGCUACAGCCCAUGUAUCUGCGGCGGAUCUGUACAAGCCGUCACGGUCGCCACUGUCCAACACCAGAUGUCCCUAUCCCCCAUCCACUCAGCUGCAGGCUACCCCGCAGAAUAUCACUCAAGUGCAGGUUUCUCAGAGGUAUCCCACACAAGGGCCGGCCGCCUCCAUUACCACCCCCGCGGCCUCGUCGCUUCUCACUCCAGCAACCGCCUACCACCGCCCCCAGCCGGACUAUCGGCAUACCAACCGUAUCUCGUUGCUACAUCCAGAAUAUGGACCUGGAGGACGUAGAGAGGCAGCAGGGGGCGGCGGCGGUCAGCUACCACCUGGCUCAAUCGGCGAACAACCGUUGAAAAAGAUCCGAUUGACUGAUAAAGAGUUGCCACCUUUGAGGAUCGAUACAAGACCAGGUACAUACAAUCCCCAAGUGGAAGCUAUUUCGCCGACAUUACCGGAACAGAUCUCGCAAGAAGAUCAAGCCUUCAAGACGACAAAGGACGAGCUGAUUCAACAGAUCAGUAAAGUAGACAGGGAAAUCUUGAAGGUGGAACAGCAGAUAGUAAUUUUGAAGAAAAAGCAAGCAGAGCUGGAAGAAGUUGCGAGCAAGCCCAGUGAGAAAAACGAAGUUGAAGAGGACACGCAGCCGAAACAUCAGAGUCUGCCUCAGAAGAUAUACGCCGAGAACAGAAAAAAGGCGCAAAGUGCGCACGCACUUCUCGAUACGGUGGGGCCAAAGGUGGAGUGGCCCAUCUACAAUCAACCGACUGAUACUACGAUUUUUCAUGAAAAUAACCGACGAAAUGUGAUGUUUAAAAAACGCUUAUUAGAAUAUUUUAAGAAAAAGCAGUCUGAGAGGCAUGAAAGAAACAAUCAGUUAUCGGCAACGUAUAGUAAAUUGAUGCAAGAAUGGCUCAGAAAAGUAGAUAAAAUCGAGUCUAGCACCAAACGGAAAGGGAAAGAAGCUAAAAAUAGGGAGUUCUUUGAGAAAAUCUUUCCUGAAGUGAGGAGGCAGCGUGAAAACAAAGAAAGGUUUAACAGGGUAGGUUCCCGAGUGAAAUCGGAAGCCGAUUUGGAAGAGAUUAUGGAUAAUCUUCAAGAACAAGCCAUGGAGGACAAAAAAAUGCGCAGCUACGCAGUGAUACCGCCCAUACUUUUGGAUCCCAAGGAAAGGCGGAUAAAGUAUACUAAUAACAACAAUUUUGUAGAAGAUAUGGAAUCUGUGUACAAGAGUCGCCAGUAUCUCAAUAUUUGGACGGCAGGCGAAAAAGAAACCUUCAAAGACAAAUACCUCCAACAUCCAAAGAACUUCUACCAAAUAAGCCAGGCGUUGGGUGAAAGAAAAACGGUAUCGGAGUGCGUUCAGCACUAUUAUCUCAGCAAAAAAACGGAAAACUACAAGCAGUUACUGAGAAAGAACAAAAGGGACAAAUUACGUGAGAAAUUACGGGAGAAAUUUCGCCAGUCUAGGGGGUCAGGGAAGGUUAAUAGUACGGCGAAUUUGUCGGUGGUGGAUACUUUGACGACAGGUGUAACAACGAGGCUCCAACGCGAGCAAAUGCAACGCACCGAAGGUUCUGCACGAUCCUCUGAGGCUUCUACUUCAGCGGCGGCAGCAGUUUCUGCAGAAACCUCUACUGCGAAUGCAAAUUCUUCACCUCCACCUCCAGCAGUUGGUACAACAGCUACGCCUAGUCCUUUGAAUGUGGGUGCCACCACAACCACUAGUACUACGUCAUUAACUUCGACUAGUAAUACGGCUACUGCGUCGACUGCUGAUUGGACUGCUGGGACUACCACAACUUCCACAGCACAGAUGCCGUCACAAUCUAUUACAACAACCACUAGUUCGACAGUGACGACAACAACUACAAUGUCCUCUAGCAAUUCCUCGUCUGUGAUUUUAGUAUCCUCGCCCUCUCCAAUGUCAACAUCGAGUACUACAUGUCUGACAACAUCCACAACGGUCUCAAUAACGACUUCAGUCUCUACCCCUAUGGAAGCUACAUCCAAUAAUGUGGGUAAAGAAGCGUCGACAAACAACAAAGAUGUGUCAAACUUUAAUGAUUUUAAUAAUUCUUCUGAGGAUUUUAAUAGGAAAAAGUUUUUCGGGGAAAACUCUGCUAGUGCUAGUGUGACUGAAAAAGAUGGAGAUUUAUUCGUUGUAGAGCAAAAAGAUAAAGAAAGUAGCGAAGAGAAAAAAGAUGGAGAUAGUAUGUCUGCAGCAAGUGAUGUUGUAUGUGAUGGAACAACCUUGGUCUCAACACCUAUACCUGAGAGCAAAAAGAAAAAGGAGCGGCGGAAAGAGAACGCUGCCAUAGAGUCAAGUGACGAGGAAACAGCAAACAAUCAAGAUAAGACCAUCCAAGGAAACUGUACUGUCUGCAACUCCCAGCUUGGUCCACAACUACACUCCAGACCUCUCCAAUCGAGUCAAGCUGCCCAAUACGGUCUCAGGGAAGAUCAAAUAUCGCCCAACUCACGAGUCUGCAACAAUUGUCGUUGCAAAUGCGUCCGUUCUCGUUACGCCCUCUGUCCAUUGCCCAGCUGUUCAAAUGCACGAGGUAGACUCAAACGAUUACCGUCUCGCUUACAAGACCUGCCCGCUGACGUCAGAGAUCCAAUCAUGGCAGAAUUUCGAAUUCCUAGUGGAGUAACUAAAUGCUGUUCGGCGUGUUUCAAUCGCAUCCAGCGACGACUAGGUCCUGUAGAAAAGUGGGCAGACGAAGAAGUGGCUCAGUUAAAAUCGGCCUUAACAGAAUUAGGCGCCAACUGGCAGCUAGUUGGAGAAAGGCUCAAUAAACUAGCAUAUCAAGUGCGAAGCUUUUACGCGGCCAACCGUAAACGUUUAAGUCUAGACAGUUGUCUUGGUGAUAGAAAGCCAACGUUAACUGAUGAAGAAGAAUCUGGAUCUAGUACGUCAAGCUGUGAAGAGCCGAUGAGAGAAAGACAUUCCAGUGAUACUACGAGUGCCGCCGAAAGUCCUCCAGUGAUGCAAGGCGCAAACCAAAACGCUGUCAAAAAAGAAGACUAUGAUUCUAGUGCUACUGAAACAGCUGAUGAAGCACAAACCGAUUAUCAAGCCGCAACCAUAACUCCAGUGGUCAACGACUAUCAACCACGCCCAACUCAGAGUCCACUCAGUGUAAAAGAGCUCGUAAUGAACGUAAUUGAGAUAUCUUUGAACAAAAGUUCGGGUGUUCAACAACCUGGACCUGUUCAGGGACCUGGAUUGGCUCCCACGAUAUCGUCUAUUCUCAAUAGCGAUUCAAAUGAAGUGACUAUAGUUAGUGAAUACAAUUUGAACAGUUUACCCAAUAGAUCUCAGCCGCCGCAUCAAUCUAGAGCGGAUAUUAGCCUAACUAAAUUGGCGAAUACGAUUGGGGCAACCAUUACUCCCGUUUCUGGACCUAUUCGAGCUCAGCCUCAACCAGACCCGAUUCCAAGCUCUAGAGAUGAUUUAGUGGUUGUACAAGUACAAGAUACUAGGGACUCUAUACCAGAAACUUUGGAUUUGAGCAUUAAAAAGCCUAGAGAACCUUUACCUCCAGCACAUGCAAAACAUUUGCAACAAGCCAUUCAUAGAUCAGAACCUUCUUAUAUGUAUCAUCAAGAGAGAAAAAGCCCUGCGUUUAUGCGUACGUCGCAAGUGAAACUACCCAGUCCUCAACCAGCUAAUCCAAAAACUGGCUCCAUUACUUUAGGGACUCCAAUAAUAAAUCAACCUACAAGAUAUGAUGGUUUGCUCAGACAAAUGCCGGAUAAAAUGGGUUCCAUAACCAAAGGAACGCCUAUUCACACAUCUCAUAGUAUGCAGCCAGAUAAAAGAGUUUUUGAUUAUUAUGCUAAGCAAGGCAGAAUGCCCAGUCAACAAAAUAUGGCUCAGCAAACUCAGUAUCAGUACGCUCCGCAAAGAAACCCCUAUGAUCAGCAAAUCAGUUCACAAAUGAGUUCUAGACAAAUUAUUAUGGACGAUUACAUUACAAGCCAGCAAAUGCACAAUAGACGUCAAGAAAAACAUCAGUAUUAUCAAUCAAGUAGUCCCCAUAGAACACCACCUCCUCAGCAAAGCCAACAAAGACAAGGGGUGAUUCAAAGACAUACACGGCCUCAAUAUCACGCGCCACCUCCAGGUCACGAAGCUCUAUCUACUUUAGUAGAAUUAUCAGUCCAACAGCCAAGCUUACCAGUUCCUAGUGCUCCACACGAAGGCUUGGGCAAAACAAUGGCCGAUAAUCUUUUAGAACAACCUCACAGAUUGCAGCUGUUGCAGCACCAACAACAAAUGAGACAGCAACAGCAAAGGAUAGAAGAACAACAUCGACGUGUUGCUUAUCAUCAACAACAGCAGCAACAACAACAGGCUCAACAGCAGCAGCAACAACAGCAACAACAACAACAACAGCAGCAGCAGCAACAGGUCCAAGCUAGACAGCAGCAGCAACAGCAGCAAGGUAGAGCAGAUCCGAGCACCAUGACCGCUGCAAGUUUAAUUGAUGCAAUUAUCACGCAUCAAAUUAAUCAAACUGCUGAAAAUAAUAGAGGAGAUGUUGUUCCAAAUGCUAGAGAACCACCAAGGCCUAGCGAUUUACUUUUCCAAGGAUUCCAAAGAGAUCCUCCUGUAAGCCAGGAUAAUAAUGGCAUAAGACCUGCUUCGAUUAUCAGUGUUGAUUUGGAUAAUGAUGGAGUCAGUAAAAAUUUGACUGUAAAAGAACUAACAGAUUCAGUGAUAAGCCACGACUUCAAUAGGCCAGGUUCGUAUUACCAUUUGCAAGAGUCUGAACAGUGGAAACGUAGAUUGCAAGCCCAGCAACAACAAAAAGAAGAGAGUAAACGUUCCGCGACUCCUCAACAGCCCGCGCAACAGCCUCAGCAAGAUGAAAGACAAAUAAUUAGGAUUGCGCAACCACAAAAGUACCAUCACGAACCUGUGUCGCCUCCAGAAAACAAUCACUGGCCUGAACAGGCUUACAGACGCUAUCAACAGCCUCAAUCUCACAUGUCACCCUUGGAUUAUGUUAAAAAUCGAAUCGUUGAAGUAAUGCGGACUGAAGAUGAUAAAAAAGAUGUGCAAGACUCCCAUGCGCAAGACAAGGACAGAAGCGACAGCCCUGGUGAUAUGGUAAUCGAUGAAGAGAAACACGAAAACGAUUUCGGAGGACAGCAACAGCCUGAAGGUGCGCAAAGGCCGCAGCACCAGCAACCGCAAGGAGGUUACUCGUACGCGUACGUACACAAGGACACUGCCAAUGACAAUUCGCGAAGUAACGAGCCGAAACCUCUGCUGUCUUCGCAGUACGAACCUCUCAGCGACGAGGAUUAGCGAUUAAGGAUGCGCGCACUGACGCGUAAUGGUGUUAUUUUUUCGUCUACUAAAGGGACUUUGAAGUGAAGCGAGUUUUGUCUACUUAUAUGAUGGUUAAGCUAGUUUAGGGUCGCAAAUUUUAUGGAGAUUAUGAUGUAUUUAUUCUAAUUUGUUGCAGUCUGAUAUUUUUGUUAUAUCAAUUAUGAUCAUCUUUUGCAUUUUGAAUUUGACUAAUUUACAGUAUAUUUUUUAUAGUACAUUGAGUAAGCUUAGUGAACUAAAUUUAGCAGUUUUGUGUUCAACACAGCAAAGUGAUCAAGAGCUCUGAAGCCUUACGAUUAUAAUAAUAUGUGUGUGUAGUAUUAGUAUAGGAGUUGGCACGUUUUUUGGUAAACGAUGUUUAUCAAAAUUUUUGUUAACAAAUCAUGAUUGUGAGUAACCUGGACAUAACAAAACUGACCGUUUGCCGUUUCAGGAUGGCAGCUUUAACCGGGGGUUAAAUUUUAAAAAGGGAUGAAUUUUCAUUUUGGUAAACAAUAUCAUGACCGAAAUUUUCAGCAACAAAUUAACAGUGGUUGUAGCACGGACGCUGAUUAUCGCUGCUUAAGUUUUUCCAAAUCUCCUUCCAGUUCACUGUCAAUGUCGUUGCUCUUGAAUCUUUUGCCUUUGUCGUUUUUCUGACAGUAUUAUGAAACGUUACGCUUCCAUACUUAUUUUUCUUUGUUGCAUGGGCGAGAUCCAGAUCGAUAAGAGUCAGUGACCACUUGCGUGUCGAUGACUAAAUAAUUGUCAUUUUUAGUUGUGGCAAUGUCGGAUUUCAGGAUAACAUUGUCCACUUCAAUUUUCAGCUGUCAGUACUACGUAGCCUUGAGUGUUUAAAUUUCUCCUCAGGUAGGUCGCCAUGGCGUCGUGUCUCUUAAUUCGAGGACCAUGGGAUCUCGAAUAUUGCUGAAGGAUCAAUGUUUCUCUCCUUGGCAUCCAGAUCUGCACAAGCGAUCUGAUUCUGUCCUGCCUCCAGUUGUUCCAGAUUGACUAGGCAGGGCAUUAUUUCUUGUUCUUAUGCAGUUCAGGAAGUCCUUCCCAGAUAAGAGCCGGGUGGGUUCUCUGAUCCAUCUAUGUGCCUGUGGUACCUUGGCAGCUUCUCUCAGGCCAUGGCUGUCCAGCAUGUCACACAAUUUAGUUUUCCACAUUCUGUUGAUGUGUGCUCUGAACCUCGGGCUCAAUCAUUGUAUUUAGGCUUUUCCACUUUGUCCAAUUCAGCUGCCAAAAAGUAGUUGGUUGUGUAGUUGCCAUGUACCUAAUACCCACUUUAAACUGUCUUCCUUCCACUAAAGUGUAUUUCUGCUUCGGCUGCCUUUUGAUGCUAACGAAGAUGCAUUUAGCUGGGUUUAGAAGCAACUCGCAUGACUCCAGAUAGUCCGUUGUGAUAUUAAACAAGUCUUGGAGUCCAGCCGAAGUAGAUGCCAUCAGAAUAAGAUCAUAUGCGGAAGGCGAGGGCAUUAAUCUUGGUAAUGUCGAUUGUGGUCCCGUUUUCGUUGGGGAGCUUCCUGAGUAACCUAUCUAUAAUCAUGUUAAACAGCAAAGGGAAUAGCGAGCCCCCUUGCUUGACACUUCUUUAAGGCUUGAUAGGUUCUGAUGUCCAGCUCUCGCCUCUCAUGUGGGCGGAAGAGUCGCAGUAGUACUGCCUCUUGUUUUUAAUAAAUGAAGCACACAAUUUUUCUACUUAUUUUUAUUUAAAUGAAGCACACAAUUUUUCUACUUAUUUUUAUUUUCCAACCUCGAAAUCGUACAAAAAGCUCCAAGAGAAAAAGGCAACUCAAAAUUCGUUUAUUAUUAUACGCUUUUUCUAACUUGACAGACGGUACCAUAACCUAACUUAAUUUUUGCUCUGUUCCGUUUCUGGCCACUGUUCCGUUUCUUCACAACACUAACCAACACAGAAAUAAAAGAGAUUUUAGUGUGAGAUAAAAUAACACUUUUCAACAGCCUCCCUCGCUAAAAUAUCUCAAACCUAUACACUCUUUAAAAUGUUUAAACAUAGGAGCAGGCAAUCCCUUUGUCAGAAUAUCAGCCUCUUGAUUGCUAGAUGAAACAUAUUGCAGUUCCAAAAUUUGCUUAUUUAUGUAUUCACUUAUGAAGUUAUAUUUCAACUCCAAAUGUUUCACCCGGCGAUUAUUGGCUGGAUUAUUAGCUAUUGCGAUACAGCCCUGAUUAUCCUCAUACAAAAUAGUUUCAUUUAUUUUCAAAGAAAAAUCCUUCAACAACUUCAGAACCCACAAACUUUCUGUCACUGCACUACAUAGAGCAACUAAUUCCGCUUCGGUAGAAGAGAGACUUGUGCAGUUCUGUUAGCGCGUUAUCCAAGCAAUUAUGUUUCCAAAAAGCUUAAUCAAGAAACCAGAAACAGAUUUCCUGUCGAUGAGGUCACCGCCCCAAUCAACAUCUACAUAGCAUACCGAACCAUUGUUGCAUAAACCUCUCUUAUAAUACAGCCCAACAUUUCUAGUUCCAUUUAAAUAAUUUAGUAUACUUUUGAGAUAAUUCCAAGUUUGAUCUGUGGCCUUGUCCUGGUAUCUGCUAAAGAAGUUUAUUGCAAAACAUAUGUCGGGUCUAGUACCCAGCCAAUCAACUCUCUAAAUGGUUUAUUGGUCAAUUCAUUCUCAUUUUUACAUUUAUCAACUUUAAGUUUUGGCUCAAUCGGAAUAGGAGAAGUUUUACAGUCUUCAACUUUAAACUUCUUUAACAGAUUUUCCACAUACUUUGCUUGAAGAAUUUUUAAAAUACCAUUGCCCCUAUCAUAAUAUAUCUCAAGACCAAGAAAGUGACUCAAAUUACCUUUUGUCUUUCAUUUUAAAUUGUGACAUUGAUGACUUGAUAUUAUUGAUUUUGUGUAAAGAAGGACCUGACAAAAUAAUGUCAUCGACAUAAAUUAGUAAAUACACUAUAUCCAAAACAUUUUCACACACUAAAUAAUACAAACAAAAAUCAUUUUCGGACCUCACAAACCCUAUACUUAUAAGAAAACUAUUAAUAUUAUCGUGCCAACAUUUGCUACUUUGCUUCAAACCGUACAAAGACUUUUUCAAUUUAGGCACUUCACCUGACUUAACCUCUAUACCACUAGGUGCAAAUAUAUAUACAUCCUCAUUAAUAGAUCCAUUUAAAAAUGCUGUCUUAACAUCUAGUUGCACAAAAUGGUAUUUAUACUGAUUACCUAUUACCAGCAACAAUCUAAUGGUUGACAUUCGUGCUACAGGAGAGUAAAUAUUUUCAAAAUCUACAUGUUUUUCUUGCAUGAAACCUCUAACAACAAGUCUGGCCUUAUACCUUUCUUCUAAAUUAUCUUCCAAAUUUUUGUAUGUGAACACCCACUUAGUAUCUAAAAUUCUAACCUUCACAGGCCUAUAUAUUUUUUCCCAUGUCUGGUUUUCUAUGAUUGAAUCUAACUCUCUAUUUACAGCAUCUAACCAGUAAUUUUUAUCAGCUCUAUCCUUUAAUUCUGAAAAACACUUAGGAACAUCAUUCACAAAUAUCCCUGCAUCAAAUGCCAUGAACAAUUCAUAGUCCCUGAACCUGGAUGGCAUUUUUAUUUGUCGCUUUCCUGAAAUCUCAUUCUCAUACCCCAAAUCAGACUGCUCUUCUAUUUCAUCCUCAUCUUGGUUUUCCUCAUAUUUCUGUAAGUUUUCCUGUCUUUCAACCUAUUCUUGUAAUAAAAUGUAUCUUCAUGGAACUCUACAUCCCUGGAUAAAAUCAAUUUGUUAUCUGCAAUAUCCCACAGCCUAUAACUAUUUGGUGAAUACCCUAACAUAAUACAAUGUUUAGUUUUAGAGUCAAAUUUUUUGCCCUGAAUUGUUUUGGAAUUAAACUAAAAGCCAUGCACCCAAAUAUUCUAAAGUUUUUUAUGUCAUACCAAUACAUUAUUGUGUUUUUAUACCUUAGAUACCAUCUACAUAAUUCAUUACUAUAUAAAGUACACAUUAUGGCCCGCGCGGGCAUAAAGACGCAAAAAACAAUUUUCAAUUAACUUAUUCUUUAUUAACAAAAUAUAAAUUUACGCAUAUAAACAUAUUAUUUUUGUCAAAAAAUGAUGAUGUUUGCACACUGAUGACAAUUUGCAAAGUGACACUUUUUUCCCAGGUAUUUAUUAUUCACAACUAACUGGUAUGACAUAAAAGUUUGUAUGCACCACGGGUACUAAUAGAUAUAUACCCUCAGGCGACUUACGAACCCUCGGGCCAGAGGCCCUCGGUUCUGUAAGACUGUCGCCCUCAGGGUAUAAUCAUCUACUUAGUACCCUUGAUACAUAAAUAACUAUUAUAUCUGGUUUUUUCCUCAUAACAUGUCUCGGCUGGUGUGAUACCCUUUAAAUUUUGCUGUUAUUCCCCUAUUCAUCAAAUAGUUUGCUGUUAAGAUCGCUUCUCCCCAAAAUUCUUUAGGCAUACCUGCAUCAUCCAACAUAGCCCUGCCUCUUUCGACCAAGCUUCUAUUUUUUCUUUCGGCUUUCCCAUUAUGCUGUGGGGUAUAAGGCACAGUAUAAUCCAAAAUUAUUCUCUUUUCCUUACAAAAAUCUGUUACCUCUUUUGACUUAUAUUCCCCCCUAUUAUCACAACGCAAUUUUGAUAUUUUACUAUUAAAUUUUGAUUCAACCAUGUUAACAUAUUCACAUAUUUUUUCAUAUGCCUGGCUCUUAUUUUCUAAUAAGAAUACAACUGUGAAAUUCGAAACAUCAUAAAAUAUUUCUUUCCGUCAAAAGGAGUGGGGCUUAUUGGUCCACACAAAUCAGUAUGAAUUAUUUCUAAAAUCCUAUUGCUUUUUGUAUGUGUCCCAAAUGGUAUUCUUGAUAACUUUCCUGUGACACAAGGUUCACAAAAUUCCACAUUUUGAACUUUUAAAUUUUCCUCAAUACCGUAUACCAUCCCUGACCUAAUAAUUUCUUUUAACCCUGAAAAACCAAUAUGACUUAUGCCACUUUAUAAAGUUAUUAUUCUCAGAUUCAACAUUUAAGCAUUCUGAUUGGAAAAAACAAAAUGAGAUCUCAUACAGAUUAUUUCUCUUUCCUAACCUAACAAUAUUGUUAUGUUUAUCUAAUAAUUUUACUUGGCCUUUUUCAAACAGUACCCGAAUGUCAACCAUCUCUAGCCUUUUUACUGAUAAAAGGUUUCUGCGCAAAAAAGGAACAUAAAACACAUUUCUGAUGCUACAUCUGAUCUUUUCAUUGUUAACAAUAUCAUAUACUUUUAUGUCACCAACCCCAAUGGCUAAUAGAUAACUAGUAUCCUUAGCAACUGCAAUUUUUAUUGGCUCUUCAAGCAUAAGUAAGUUUUAAAAAAAAAAUCUUUUUUUUAUUAACCAUAUGGUCGGUGCAACCAGAAUCUACAUAAAAACUCAACGUAUCAAUAUUUUUGUUGUCGGUUAAAUCUCCAUUUCUAUCCCCCAUGAAACAUACACUUUUAUCAACUGAAAAGUCAUUCUGAUUCAAUACAUUAUUUCUGUUAGCUUGACUGUUAUUUUCAUUUCUACUAUUAGUUUCUGCAUGAUAUUGAUAACUAUGAAAGUUCCCUCGAAAAUUCCUAUAUCUAUUCCUACCUUGAAAUCUUCCUCCAAAGCCACCUCUACCACCUCGAUAUGUUCCUUGAUAUCCACGUCCUCGAAAAACUCUUCUAUUAUUGUUUGCAUAACCUCCACUUCGAGCUCAACCUUCAUCUUGAUGGCCCUGCCAACCCUGGCCCUGAUCCCCACCUUGAUUUCUUCCAGGACACUCACAUUUGAAAUGGCCAACAAGUCCACAUUUAUAGCAAGUCUUCUGUGCAUUGAAAGCAGUAGCUACUGUACUGGAACUGGCUGCUGAACUAACUUUUCUUGAGUUCAAAUUUCGUUUAUCACUUUCAGCGAAAAGCUUUGCACAUCAUUGUAUGAGAUAUUUGGUAUAUUUUCAAUGACUGUGACAACUGUGUGUCAUAAGAAGCUGGCAGGCUCAAUAGCAAGUUACAUAUCAGGUCGUCAUCUUUCAUGUCAGCUUUAACAGCCUUCAAUUGUCUGACAAUGUUGUCAAAAUCCUCAAUAUGUUUCAUGAGGCAAUCAUUCUCCUUCAGCUUCAUAAAAAGCAACUUUUUCUUAAGGUACAACUGGCCUGGAAAUCCUUUUCGUUCAUAUUUUUCUACCAGCACAUUCCACGUUUCAAAACUUGAUCCACAGUCCCUGAGGCACUCCAACUGUGUAUCAUCAACAAACUGAACAAUUAAGCAUUUUGCUUUGUUGUCCUUUUUAACUUCAUUUUCUUUUGUUGGAUCAAUUUCUGCCUCAGUCAUUUGCUUAACACCAUUUUCCGCCAGAAUAAGCUCCAUUCUGAACUUCCAAUUGUGGAAUUUUUUCCAUUUAAUGGCUCAAUUGAGUAGCCUUUUCCCGCUGCUGUACCAGCCAUUUUCCCUGCUUUCCAAUCACCAGCAAAAUCACUUUUAAACCUCGGAUUUUCACUGUAUCUUUAACGCCACCGCUCUGGGCCCAUAACCUCUCGUUUUUAAUCAAUGAAGCGCACAAUUUUUCUUCUUAUUUUUAUUUUCCAACUUGAUUUCUUUGUUAAACCGACUUGCCAAGAUGGAAUGUGGCUUGGUCUUGCUAUGACCGAUGGUACAGUGAGUGGUCCCCAGGCUCGUUGGAAUUUGCCUUCUUGGGAAUAAAGUUCGUUAUUGCCUUUCCUUGCCCCAAAGGGGAAGGCUGCCAGAGAAUGAUGCUCAGAAUUCUCACUUUAAUCAGGAUUAGGAUGAUUUUUAGCUGUCUUGGGGUGAUUCUAUCUGGCCCAGGGGCCUUUUGUAUUGGAAUCUUGGCUUUAUCAAUUUCUUCUGGGGGGAUCGGCACCCAUACGUUCUCCAAAUCCUACUGGAUUACCUCAUCCGGGGGUGCUAUGUUGGCUCUUGACUCCAUAACUUUUCGCCAAAAGGGCUCCAUUAUCUCCUCCUCUGACAUCCUUGUCUCACUUGGACCGUCUAAAAUCGAUAGAACACAUCUAGAUUGAUGCUAUCGCCAGUUAAUUUGGGUGGUUGCUGAUCCAAUCCGUCUCCUCCUCCUCUUUGAAAGGUUUGUGUAUUAUUUGGUCUAUAGGAUCUAACUGGAAACAUCUUGUUUAGUAGUAAAGUCCAUCAGCGUUUGUUCUUUACCUCUGCCCAGAGCGCGUUCUAUUGUGUCUCCUAAUUUGUGGCUAUAGUAAAAGUUGUUUGCUGGUCUUGUCAGAUUCAGCAGGUAUCUGAUGAACGUUAGUAAAGGAAUUGAUUUGCAAAAAAAAAAAAAAAAUUGAUAAAUGUAGUUCACUAAAACUUAACUUAAAAAUUACAAAUUUGACAGGCCUCUGUCGAAGUUAUGCUGUCAAAAAAAUCGUCUGCCUAUGCAAGUUUGAUUAGUCCUCAACCUGUAAAUUUGUUUCCGAAAAUUUCGGUCAUGAUAAUUAUGGGAGUAGAUCCUACGCCUACCGGUCGGUCCUUUGUCAUCAAACCAUCGUACGCGUACCAGUAGGUCCUUUUUCAUCCACCGAUUGAACGCCUACUUAAUAAAGUGCCUACUGGAAGGUGUUAAUCUGUAUAUCCUACCAGUCAGCUCUUGCUAGCUAAAUGCGUAAAUACAAUUUUGUUUGUAGAAUUGUCAUCAAGAAAUUCGUCUACUGAGUAAUAAGCGUUUAUAAGUACAGGGUGUCUCUGUAACUUUUUUAUUUUCGAUCGUACAUAAAACAGUUAUAAGGGGUGGUACUUUAGAACUUGACACCCGGUACCUAACAUCUCUCUAAUUUGGGCGUCAAACCUGUUGAUGUUUGGAAUCUGAUUCAUUCUAGACGGCAACCUAUUAAAAAUCCCUCUGCACACACCAUGAGAUUAUUUUUGAGUCUUCAAUUGUUCGCUAAGCGUAAAUCCCCCAAAAACAUGGAAAAACACUUCAAAUUGUUAGCAAUAGUCAAGUUCAUUCUAUUUUGAUUAUUAAACCUUUCUUUAUCAAAAUAAAUUCAAAUGUCAUUUCACUCGUAAAAUCAAACAAAUUUUCAGUAAAGUUCCUAAGACAGUUCACUUAAAAUCAAUUCACUAAUAGAUAAAUACUAAAGUCUCAAAUUUCUACAUGUACUUACAAUCUGUCCUUAAAUUCACUAACGAUCAAAAUUACUUUCAGUUACUUAGCACGCACAAACAAAGGAAAACCUGAUACUACUUUAUGACUUUUACUGGACAAUAGUCAAUUGCAAACUUUUUAGCUUUUUGCCCGAGGCAAAACAAAGAUAAAAAAAACUUUUUGGUGGAGACUCACUCACUGCCAAUUUUCUUGAUUCUUAAAAUCUUACUAUCAAAUCAACUCCUGGAUGUUAUCUACCUUUUUCUGAUUGUAACCUGCUUAAAUAAUAGUACUCAAUUCCCACCCAAAAUCUGUUACGUGGGCGGUCAUUUAGCAUUUCUCGAACCAAUCAAUCCUCUUAUUUGACCUUGUUUAUCGAGUGAUAAACGACAUUGUUGUUUUCCAAGAAUUGUUUUUUUUUUUGUAAGUUUUUAUUUAGGAUAUGAUGCAACAUCCGGCGGAAACACCGGUGUUGUAGUUUAUCAGUUAUGACGCAAUUAAAUCACAUGAGUAUAGUGAUUUCCGGUUAAACGCGUCCUAAUUUUAUAAUUAUUGAUUUGCUUUUUUUUAAUACGAUUUUUGCAAGAGUCUAUUAAUUGGGGACAUCGAACUCUGACAUCCGGUCGCUCAUCGCUUGUGUUGGAAAAAAAAUUGUUAUGUAAUUUGAGUUGAGCUUAGAAAUUUCAUUUUUUAUUUAUACUAUUUUCAUACGGAAUUAAAUGCUGGAUUUGCUAGGAGAUUUAAUAAGUUGAGAUGAAAUUAUCUUGCAACUGACGUAGGUACUUUUCUAAUUAAAAUGACUACAAAAAUGUUUUUACCAAUUGAGUUUAGUUAUAUUUUCUGAGAUUUUAAAACUUCGAAAUUUUUGGGGUCGCCACACCAUAAUGUUUCAGCGUUAUACAUAUACGAUAGGCACACAAUCGAGGAAAUAAACGGGACCUACCGGUAGGUGCAGAGUUCACGCCCAAUAAAUAUCGUUUAUCAAAAUGAAAAUCCGUCCCUUUUUUAAAAUUUAACCCCCGAUUAAAGCUGCCACCCUGAAACGGCAGACGGUCAGUUUUGGUAUGUUCAGGUAACUUACAAUCAUGAUUUAUCAAUAAAAACUUCGAUAAAUAUCGUUUACCGAAAAACCUGCCAGCUCCUAUACUAUAUAUUUUUUAUUGGUUAUUUGAAUUAUAUUUAUAUAAUAAAUUCUUUUGAGUCAAUUAUUAAGGUCCAUACCUUGAUUUUCUAAUAAAAAUUUCACUUGCUUUGAAACAUGAAAAUGGAACUGCAAUCUACGUGGAGUGACUUUUGGGAUUACCAAAAUUCGCUCCUCGUAAGUAGGUAGUUAUUUUCUGACAUUGAUCUUCACUCUCACACAUAACAUUAAGAAUUAUAUAGGGCAUCCAAAUUUUUGAUCUCGUCAAAACCUACAAAUAGAAAAUGUAAUGACUAUAUUUAAACUUUUUUUAAAGUUAGGUAGUGAUGGCCAUUUGCACUGACCAUUAUAAGGAAGCCUUAGUGAUAAGUAUUCCUUAAAAUGACAUUUUUACAUGAGGAAACUUCACUUUAAGGAAUACUUAUCGCUAAGACUUGCUCAAAACGGUUGGUGCAAACAGCCAUAAGUGCUCUAGAGUGACUCCAAAAUGCGAAAGAUACUGAUUUCAUAAUACAAAGUCUAUCCUUAUGAAAAAUAAGUUACUUCUAUAAUUCUGCACACCAUUACUUAUAGCGAUCAUGGCGCUAGAGUUGGAACUUCUGAGCAGAAAAAAAAAAUGGAAUUUUUGUGAAUACUAAAAUUUCAUAAAAUUUGCGUCAUCUAAAAACAACCAACCAUCUUCGACUGAUCACCCUUUGAAUCCGUCUUUAUAAAUAUAUCCUAGGACUAGCAAAUUUCUAUUGUAAGCAGAGAAAAUGCUCGGUCAAAAAACAGAUUCAGUGGAUGGCCAGCGUUAUAUUUUUUGAUGUGUAAAUAAAAAUGUUAUAGGUGAUAUUUUUUAGGAUUAGUUAAAGGAGGAUUUUAGAGUUAAGAAGCCCCCUACUUGUGUGGUGAUUUGUAAUUCGAGUCGAAUGAUGUAAAUUUUUCCUUGAGUAUGGCAAAAGGCAAUUUGUUUUGUCGUCUUUCAUCUUACUCCACUUGGCGUUUUGAGUAACUUGGUUGGAAUAAGAAGUGUGACUUAUUCAUAAAUUCGCUGACCUGUGGCUUGUCUUUAGGCAGACUUAGACAUUCCGUUUGACAAAUUUGAAAUUGAGCAGCUCUCCAUCAUGAAGUAAUCCAAAUUAUCCAAACAAGUUGCUCUCUAGGUUUUUAGACUUUUUACUGUAAUUCUUGUGGUGUUUAGACUUAGGUUUUUAUAUAAUAAAUAAUCAAGUUUGUGUCAAUAUGAAACGUGGAGUAAGAUAUCUAGUGAGUUCACAUAAUUGUGUAGCGUCCAUAUUUACUUUUUUUAUAUUAAUUAUAAUUAUUACAUAUAAUAUCUUUGUAGAUAAACUUUUUUUUAUUUCAAAUGAUGACAUUUAACGGAAUUUGUAAAUAAUUAAUUAUAAGCGAAAAAAUAUAUAAAUAAGUAGUUUGUAAAUUGAAAAACUUAGCUUAUAGUUUAAGAAAGUAUAUAUUAUUAAAAAAAAAUGUCUAAUUUAAUAAUAUAGGAUCUUUUUUGUUUUGGUUUUAUGUUUGAGAGAAAGUUUUUUGCAUUUCCAUACCUGUUAGUUAGAAGUAAAUGUCUUUUUAUAAACGCUAGGGGGCACUUGUUUUGCUUUGAGUGCAAUUUUUUCAUUAAACUUUUUGUUGUAUCAAGAUCUUAUGUAAAUCCUUAAAUAAAUGCUCGAUCUUAUAUAUACCAGUUGAAAUUAUUUCAUAUAGUAUGCAUUUUCUACCUCCUAUAGACAAUGUGUUCCAGAAAACUUUACAAACUAGAGAGAUUCACAAAAAUUAAAUCGAAAACAAUAAUUACAUACUACUUUUAUGAAUCACAAAGUUCAUAAUUCUAAUAUUUUUGAAGCCCUUUUUCACUUUCAAUAAGAAAAUAUCAACGUCUUUCAAUGAAAAUGUUUAAAUUGAUACAACAGAGACAUGUCUUAGAAGACUUGUAGUAAUUAAGAAUGUGAUUUUUUUUAAUUCAAACGUAACGUGCGUUUCAUUCAACUAAGAUUUUGGGAAUGUAAGUAACUUUGUGACUUAAACGAAAAAUUAUGACUUAAACGAAAAAUUAUGUUAUUAUAAAUACAAAAAUUACUUGAAAAGGAGAGGGUUUCCCUAAUAUGUAAAUAUUUGUGAAUUUUUUAAUUUUAUCUGUUUUACAUGGUACAUAUAAUUAUAACAAAAAGAAUAAUUUAAGUCUGCGCGCUUUUAGCGUCUAAUCGUUUUUUUUUUUAGACGAACUGAUAAUUUUUCUACACUAUAAAAAUAUACAAAAUGCUUCCAAGAGUUAAUGUACACGUCAGUUUUUUUAGUUUGUAACUACUUUUCAGAUAAUAACUUGUUAUUUUGUUGAAAUAAAUGAAUAUCAGUUGGA